GAGCUGCCACUGUUGGUAUGACCUCUUUCCGCUUCCUGUCCAAUAUGGCAACCAGGUGGGGGAUCUGUAGCGCUGGGAGGAUCAGUCAUGACUUCACUGUGGCUCUGAAAAGUCUUCCUCCAGAGGACCAUCAGGUUGUUGCCGUGGCGGCUCGCAAGUUAGCGGAUGCACAGGAGUUUGCCAAAAAGCACAGCAUCUCCCGAGCAUACGGCAGCUACGAGGAGCUGGCCAGGGAUCCAGAAAUAGAUGUUGUCUAUAUUGGAGUUAUCCACCCCUACCAUCUGAGCACUUGUCUGCUCUUUACCAACGCCAAGAAGAAUGUGCUGUGUGAGAAGCCCCUGGCCAUGAACACCAAGGAGGUGAAGGAGAUUCUGGCCUCUGCCAAGAGGAAUGAUGUCUUCCUCAUGGAGGCUGUCUGGACCCGAUUCUUCCCAGCCUCGGUGGAGAUCAGACGGCUGCUGGCCCAGGGAGAGGUGGGAGAGGUGCAGGUGGUGAGAUCAGAGUUUGGCGUGCCGGUAUUGCAUGUGCCGAGAUCAUCGCAGAAGGAGCUGGGCGGAGGAGCAAUGCUAGAUAUUGGGAUCUACUGCCUGCAGUUCAUAUGCAUGGUGUAUAAUGGAGAGAAGCCAGAGUGCAUCCAGGCUAUGGGGGUCUGCCAUGAGACAGGAGUGGAUAAGACUGUAGCCGUCACUCUGAAGUUCUCCAACAACAGGAUGGCCACGUUUACUUGUUCUUCGAGUGUAAAGCUGCCCAGUGACGCCUUUAUUGUGGGCACGAAAGGCACCAUCAGGGUCCCUGACCAUAUGUGGUGCCCCACAUCAUUGGUGGUGAAUGGGAAGGAGACCGAGUACCCAGUGCCAGAACCCUAUUUGCCUCUCAACUUCCUCAACAGUACAGGGAUGCGUUAUGAAGCAGAGGAAGUUCGACAGUGUUUGCUCAAGGGGCUGAAGGAGAGCGCCGUUAUCUCCCAUGCCGACUCACUUCUGCUGGCUGAGGUGGAGGAUGAGAUUCGCAGGCAGGUGGGCGUGGUGUACAGUCAGGACUGCCAGUGAAUGUCAAACACUGUUCAUUUUCUCAUGUUUAAUCGAACAAGUUUGUAAUCGAGAACAAGUGGUUCAUGUUUUCACUGAACUGUACCUUAAUACACUACCAGUGAGGAAGAAUAAAGCAAAUCUUUUGAGACAA